UACCUCGUCACUUCUGGGUUUGGAGGUGACGUCUUUCCUCUCAGCCAAUCGUUGCCCUUUACCCCAGAAUGCAUUGCAUCACAAACUGCACGCGCGAACUAUGUACCGCGUUGCCAGGUCUUUUUGCAAACUACACAAUUUAACCCUCUCUGCUGCUUAAAGUGGAACUAGAGGCCAGUAAUGACCACAAGCCACAACUCCUCAGUUCUUAAAGAUGUCAUUGCCUAUGUUGAUGUGUGGUCGUCAGACAAAACAGCAAAUUAUUCAAAACCAUUCGUUCAGCAGCUGCAGGAAAUGGGAGCUCAGGUAUCAAAAACAUUCAAUAAACAAGUCACACAUGUGGUCUUCAACAAUGGUCAUUCGGCCACUUGGAGAAAAGCUAAGAAAAGUGAUGUAAGGCUCGUCUCUGUUCUCUGGGUUGGCAGAUGCUACGACGACUGUGUGCAUGUGGAUGAGGGGUUGUAUCCAGCCUUAAAUGACGAAAGCAAUCCUGUGUUGAAGAACAAGAAACAUCGCUGCAUGCAGCCUAAAGAUUCUCCAGAGAGGACGCCUGAAAAUGACAAACGCAUGAAGAAAAAAUUAGACAAGAUGAUGAAAGACCUCGCUCCUAAACAACCUCUGGUGACAGAUGUGUCGCCCAUCAUCAUCGAUGAAGAGAGUGGAAUAGUCUACAGCCCUGCAUUGCAAAGAUCAAAUUAUAUGGCACAGCGCUUGAAAGACAUGAAAGAGAAACGGAAAAACCUCUCACCCACAGCUUCACAAAUGGUUGAAUCCUGCUCACCCACCAGACUGAAGCCUUCUCUUGGCAGCGCACCAACUGUCCUCAAAUUAAUGUUUGACCAGUCGGACGAUGAUUCCAGUGCCUCUGCUGCUGAACCUGGCUGCUCACCUGAUAAAGAGGAAGGGAGAACAAAAGUUGACGUUACGGAUCAUGGAUGUGUUGAAAAACGCCACAGGAAAGAUUCUGAAAAGCUCUGGCUGUCGCCCUGCUGUGAAGUGCCAAAAAUAGUAUCAAGCCCUUUGAGAUGUCCUGAUUUGGAGGAUGCAAAGGAUAAAGAGGGGACGAGACAAAAAAAGACAAGGAUCUCAGUCAGAAAAGAGAGAGAGAAAAAAACAUCUGUACGUUUAUCGGAAAUUCCGUGCCAGGAUACAAGAUCUGACAUCAGCAAGAAAAGGCGAUCACAGAUAAAAUCCACUAGCCCAAAACCUGAGAAGGGAAAGCAAAAAAGUAAAGCUGAUAAAUCUUUUACAGAGACUAAGUCCAGUAUUUGUCCUAAUAAUGUGAAUUAUUCUAGUUGUGUCUUGUCACCAGCCACGUCAGGUGCUGCUGGAGUUGAACUGUCAAAAGAAGCUGCUUCUCUCUCACAGAAAACACCCAAACGAGCCAGACCAUCACUUUCUGCCUUGGUCCGAUCUGCCACGGUCUCUGCUGCACCUCACAGUGUAGCGUCAGUUUCGACUGAUGGAGAUGAUAAUGUGUUUGAGGACUAUUUUUCCCCAGCGAACCACCAGCAGAGAUCUAAAAAAACUCUCUUGACGAAUCUGCCUGUGGAGACGGGCAUUCAGAUUCCCUUUGAGUUGAACUCUGUCUCAAAGAAGAGAAAACAAAGAAAAAGUGAAAGUAUCGAGUCUGAGACCAUCAGUAAAAAGAAGAGGAAAGUAGAAGAAACUCAGAGUGGCAAAAAUCUCCAUCAGUGGUCUGAUGCAAGCAGUCGACUCCAGCAGGAGGCUAAAGAAUCUCUGCCUGCACUGGACAGUUCAAGUGCCAGUGCAAAACUCAUGGCUAAAAGGGGGAGACGGAGCACCUUAUCUCUCACAAGAGCUGGUACAACUACAAGUGAUGCAGUAAAACAAAGACGAGCAUCUGUGCAGCCAGCAGUGUUAACAGAGGAUAAAGCAGUAUCACAGCUGGAGAAAAGUUCUGAUGUCAGUGUUCAAUCUCACACCGUGGAAAGUGAGUAGCAAGACUGUCAUAGCUUAGAGCAGACCUUAAUCACAGAGAAACUAAUACCGAAUACAUUUCCUCAAUUAACCUCUUCGUUAACCUCUUUAUUAUACACUGAACAAAACUAUGUAGCUUUGUUUGUAAUCUUACAUAUCAAAAGGUUUACAUAAGAUAAUUUUUUUCAGGGAAUACUCUAUUUUCGUUUGUACAUCAUCUCUCCAUUUCAUUUUCUUAGGAUGAAUUUUAUUUCUGGGUGUCACAUUUUGAAGAGAAGAAUAAAGAGAUGUCUGCAAUGUGAA